AGAAAACUCAGAAUACACGUGCAAAAAUAUACAGAGCUUCAUAAUCACCCCAAGACCACAUAGAGCAAACAUGAAUGAUAUUUCCCAAAAAGCUGAGAUUCUGCUUUCUUCAUCUAAACCUAUCCAAAAAACCUAUGUGCCAAAACUUGGCAAGGGUGAUGUAAAGGAUAAGUUUGAAGCCAUGCAGAAAGCCAGGGAAGAAAGAAAUCAAAGGAGAUCUAGAGAAGAAAAGCAAAGAAGAAAAGAACAAUAUAUUAGAGAGAGAGAAUGGAACAGGAGAAAGCAGGAGAUUAAAGAAAUGCUUGCUUCUGAUGAUGAAGAGGUAUCUUCUAAAGUAGAAAAGGCCUAUGUCCCAAAGCUAACAGGAACCGUUAAAGGUAAAUUUGCUGAAAUGGAGAAACAAAGACAAGAGGAACAAAGGAAGAGAACGGAGGAGGAACGAAAACGCAGAAUUGAGCAGGAUAUGUUAGAAAAGAGGAAGAUACAACGUGAAUUAGCAAAAAGGGCUGAGCAGAUUGAGGACAUAAACAAUACGGGAACUGAAUCAGCACCAGAGGAAGGAGAUGAUUCACUACUGGUAACAGUGGUACCUAGUAAAUCACACAAAACAUCUGGAAGAAUAAAGAAUUUUGAGGAUCUAGAAAAAGAACGAGAAGAAAAAGAAAGGGUCAGGUAUGAAGAGGAUAAAAGAAUAAGAUAUGAAGAACAACGACGAUCUCUUAAGGAAGCAAAAUGUCUUUCAUUGGUCAUGGAUGAUGAACUGGAAAGUGAGGCUAAAAAAGAAUCACUUUCUCCUGGAAAAUUGAAACUAACUUUUGAAGAAUUAGAAAGACAAAGACAGGAAAACCGGAGGAAGCAAGCUGAAGAGGAAGCAAGACAACGGUUAGAAGAAGAGAAGCGCGCUUUUGAAGAAGCAAGGCGGCAAAUGGUAAAUGAGGAGGAGGAAAACCAAGACACAGAAAAAAUUUUUAAAGGGAACCGCCCUGGUAAACUCAAACUCAGUUUUGAAGAAAUAGAAAGACAAAGGAGAGAAGAUGAAAAAAGGAAAGCAGCAGCAGAAGCCAGAAGGAGAAGAGAGGAAGAACAGAAGGCAUUUGCUGAAGCAAGGAGAAGCAUGGUAGUAGAUGAUGACUCCCCAGAGAUGUAUAAAACAAUCUCUCAAGAAUCUCUUACACCUGGAAAACUGGAAAUUAAUUUUGAAGAAUUAUUAAAACAAAAAAUGGAAGAAGAAAAACGACGAACAGAGGAGGAACGGAAGCAUAAGCUAGAGAUGGAAAAACAGGAAUUUGAACAACUGAGACAAGAAAUGGGAGAGGAAGAGGAAGAAAAUGAAACCUUUGAACUGAGCAGGGAAUAUGAAGAAUUAAUCAAAUUGAGAAGGAGUGGCUCUAUUCAAGCUAAAAAUCUAAAAAGCAAGUUUGAAAAAAUUGGACAAUUGUCUGAAAAAGAAAUACAGAAAAAGAUAGAAGAAGAACGAGCAAGAAGAAGAGCGAUUGACCUUGAAAUUAAAGAGCGAGAAGCAGAAAACUUUCAUGAGGAAGAAGAUGUUGAUAUGAAGCCUGCAAAAAAAAGUGAGGCUCCAUUUACUCAUAAAGUGAAUAUGAAAGCUAGAUUUGAACGAAUGGCUAAGGCAAGAGAGGAAGAAGAACAAAGAAGAAUUGAACAACAAAAGUUGCUACGCAUGCAAUUUGAGCAAAAGGAAAUUGAUGCGGCACUGCAAAAGAAAAGAGAAGAGGAGGAAGAAGAAGAGGGUAGCAUCAUGAAUGGCACCACUAUUGAAGAUGAAGAGCAAACCAGAUCAGGAGCUCCAUGGUUCAAGAAGCCUCUAAAAAAUACAUCAGUUGUAGACAGUGAGCCAGUUAGAUUUACUGUUAAAGUAACAGGAGAACCCAAACCAGAAAUUACAUGGUGGUUUGAAGGAGAAAUAUUGCAGGAUGGAGAAGACUAUCAAUAUAUUGAAAGAGGAGAAACUUACUGCCUUUAUUUACCAGAAACUUUCCCAGAAGAUGAAGGAGAGUAUAUGUGUAAAGCGGUCAACAAUAAAGGGUCCGCAGCUAGUACCUGUAUUCUUACCAUUGAAACUGACGACUACUAGGGUUCCCUUCCCUCUCCCUGGAAUUUUCUCUCUCUUUCUCCGACUUUCUUACUACAUCCAUCUUUCUGUGGCGGGGCCAAAAAAAGGAAACCAGAAGUGCCACUAUUUUAUUCCUUUUCAUAACAGUCUUCAAAACACAAGCUCAUCUAAAGAAUACCUUCUUCCUUUCCAAAUGAGCACCUGAUUCAUCGCCAUAUUAUGCAGUAGAAGCUAAUGUGUAUUUAAGGGGGAAAGUGGGAAAUUUACUCAAUUAUUCUAUCAGAACCUAUUACAAAGGCUGUAUAUUUCCCGUAAGUUUAAAGCAGUUAUAUUAAAAAAAUCAUAAAAAGAACACAUUAUUUUGCAUGGAAGAAUGACAUUUAUGAGCUAUUUACACCUAAAAUUAGUCUGAAAUAGCUGAGACUUAAUGAAUUUGGAACCUAUCAAUUUGAGUGGGCUUUUUUCCUUAGUAGUACAUCAUUUUGGUUGUUGUAGUCUCCAAGUCUUUCUGAAGCAGAUAUAUGAGGGCGGAGGGGUGUCAUUCCUUUUAUGGGAAAGAUGGAACAUGGA